UAGCCGGAUUAACGCGAUGAAAAUACACGAUAACUUUGAAAUUUGAUGUUUUAAACAUUUAUGUUGCUUUUUACUGAUGUGAUCAUUUCUGACUGAUGGAGUUUGUGGAGUAUAUCAAAUCACCGCGUGUUGACAAUGUGUAUCUCAAGCGCAGAGGAUUAGCUUAUCUGGAAGGAACUUUGUGCGUGACAGGUCAUCACUUGAUCUUCUCUUCUAGAACAGAACACAAGGAUGAGCUCAUUCUAUUGCACUCAGCAGUGGAACAAGUGGAGAAAAAAGUCAGAGGACAGCAAGGAAUAUUGACAAUCUGUUGUAAAAACUUUGAUUUGGUUAAACUGAGGUUUGGCCAAAUUGAAGAGGCAUUGAAUGUAGCUUCCUCUAUUGAAGUUCUCUCAACAAUUGAAAAUACAAAUCUGAGAUAUCCUUUUUUCUACCGACACCUAAGAGCCAUUGAUGAAGAUGGUUGGGAUUUAUUUAGUACAGAAAUGGAAUUCUCAAAACUCUCUGCAUUGACACAGGGCUGGAGAAUCAGUCAUGUGAACAGUAAUUAUGAGGUAUGCCCAAGCUAUCCAGCUAGUGUUGUAGUACCUGCAAAGAUGUCAGAUGAUACUCUGAAGGCAUCUGCUCAGUUUAGACAGUCUGGAAGAUUUCCUGUUCUUAGCUACUAUCACAAACGAAAUGGGGUUGUUCUUUUAAGAUGUGGUCAGCCAUUAACUGCGAUAGGAAGUAAGAGAAGUCGUGAAGAUGAGAGAUUGGUCAAUGCUACUUUAGGUGGUGAAACUAAAGGAGUUAUUAUUGACACAAGAUCGUCCACUGCUGCCAUGAACAGCAGAAGCAAAGGCGGAGGAGUGGAGCCAGAGUCACAUUACCCGCAGUGGAAGAGAGUUAAUCAAGGCAUUGAGAGAUACCCAGCGCUCAUUGAUAGUAUUGCAAAACUUGCUGAAGCCAGUUUGGAUCAAAAACUCAGCAUGAACUCAUGGCUGUCAAAACUUGAAGCAAGCUCCUGGUUGGAUUAUGUUCAAAGUGUUUUAUCAACAGCUUGUUACAUAGCACAAUGCUUGGAUACACAAGGCACAACUGUGUUAGUACAUGGUGAUGCUGGAACGGAUGCGACGUUACAAGUGACAUCAUUAACACAGGUUCUGUUGGACCCUCAUUGUAGAACAAUAAAGGGGUUUGAAGGGCUGAUUGACAGAGAAUGGCUGCGUGGUGGCCAUCCAUUCGCGGAGCGGUGCGUCAAAGUGGGUUUGUCUACAAAUAGGUACAAGGGACAAGGCCCAGUUUUUCUCCUCUUCUUGGACUGUGUUUGGCAGAUUUACCAGCAGUUUCCAUGUUCUUUUGAAUUCAAUGAUCGCUUUCUCAUCGCACUUUUUGAACAUGCAUAUUCCUCACAAUUCGGUACGUUUUUAUGCAAUAACGAAGGUGAGAGACAAGCAGCAAAGCUAAAAUCCAAGACCAUUUCUUUAUGGUCGUAUCUGAACCAAGCAGAUAUCCUGAAGCCUCUGUUAAAUCCUAUGUACGAACCCAACAACUCUGUUCUGUGGCCUUCUGUAGCGUCUCAAAGUCUUGUCCUGUGGCCAGGUUUAUUUUUAAAGUGGAGAGAAUCUAACAAGAAUGAAGAUAUCUUAUGGGAAGAAGUACGAAGAAUACAAGCAAUAAAUAUGGACCUGAAAAGCAAGGCUAUAUCGCUAAGAAGAGAAUAUGCCGAACUUCAAGCUAAAGUACUGGAAGAGAGAAGAAAAUGGCAAGAAGAGCGAGAUAAAAGAGAAGACCAAGGCUUGGGGGACUGCGGGAAUAACUAUAGUUCCGGUAAUGGGUGUGAAAGUGGUAACAAAGAUCGAAAUGAAACCAUGUCAGUGGUAAAGAGUUGAAGUAGACCAGAGGUAGAUCAGAGGAUCAGUUCUCCACGUUGGUACUCAAGUUAUACUGAGACCGGCUGCCAUCAGCAACAACAACAACAACAAAACUUUCUCUUCGUGUUCUUUACAUUUUACAAAUUAUAGGAAAUUUUACACGUAAUGAAAACCAAAAAAACAGCAAUAGUUAAAAUGGUAAAAAAAAUUAUCACAGAUCAAAUAUUGUUAAUGGAGAGGGCAUAGCCAUUUAGAAAUAGCGAAUGUUAGUAUAUACUAAAACAGAGUAUAGCGUUCUGGUUGGCUACUAGAAUUCCUUACAUCCCUUGCUGGUCACCUCCAUGCAACUCGUAUGAGAUUUGCGCCCGAAAAUAUUUUUAUCGUUUCAGGAAUAAAUUAGUUCAAAUCAU